AUGGGUGGUUCUAUAUUAUGGGAAGGAUUAGAUCGGUACCUUAAAAUUUUGUCAAUAGGAUUACCAUCAGAAUAUUUUUAUAAUACUUUGAUUCAUAAUACAGUAGGGUUAGAAAAGUAUGAAAUUGAAUGUAACUCAAUAUGCAAAGGAAACAAAUUUUUUAAUAACAGACUGUGUAAAAUACUCCUAAGAUACUUAGAAAAUGCAACUAAAAGGUCGCAAAUAGAUUAUUCUGCUUACGAUGACUGCAUACUUUUCAAUUAUUGGAUAUAUGGUGAAUUAGAGACAAAAUAUCGCUAUAAUUAUAAUAAUAAAUUAAUUCCUGCACUUGGCGAACUUCAUCGAGCGUGGAAUGAUCUUCUUGAAGAUAUAUCAAAAAAAUCUUAUCACGAUAAAUGUAUACCUGAUUUUGAUAUACCUAAGCAGUAUGAUUGGAAAAAAAGAAAGCAAUUGUACGAUUACUGCGUCAAUUAUGAAUCACUUAAAAAACAAAGUGAAUUUUAUAAAAACAACUGCAGACAUAUUUAUUCAUAUGUUAAAAGCAGUGCUCCAUUAUAUAAACAUUUUAAGACAAGUUGCGUUUCUAAUGAUGAAAAUAAAUGCCCAAAAUUUUACAAUAAAUGUAAAGAAUAUGAUCCAGAUAUUGUUCUUCCUACGCUUUCUUGUUAUAAUGACCUGCAUAAAGAAGAGCCUACUGCUACAGAAAAGGUUUCAUCUGUAGGACCACAUCCAGAGUUGAGAGCAGAUGGCACAUAUUCUGCUGAUGGUUCACAGUUACAGGGUGAUAAUACUCCUCCUUUAACCAAAGCUGGUGAUGUACUUCUGGGAGUAGUUGCGACUACUAUGACUUCUGGUGCUUUAUAUAAAUUUACACCCAUAGGAAGAAUGUUACGCAAUGGAUUUGGAUGGAACAAUAAUAUGAGAAAUUUAAAUGGAGCAGACAAUAGAUUAUUUGAUUAUGCAUCAGAAUCAUUUAAUCCAUAUUCAGGUGGUGCGGAAGAACAUUAUAUAGGAUAUCAUCCAGCGUGA